UGUUUUCUUGGCCUAAAAAUAAAGAUUUAAAUCAUUAAAUUUAUGUGUACACCGUUUAUCGAACUGCAAGUCAUCUAAUAUUCGUGGAAUAUGGAAAUUUCGUUGGGAACGUAUGCAUGGUUCACCAUCAUUUGUCUUGCAUGGAGUGUAGCAGUUGACGGAAUAACAAAAGACAAAAAUUACUUCUGUGAGGGAGAAUGUGAUGUAAUCAGAGCGGAAUGCAGCUGUGAAGCUUCUUGCACGACCAACAAAUCAUGCUGCACCGAUUACGAGUAUUCAUGCAUUGGCGGAAAAUCAUGGAAAGACUCAGAAUGCACUGCAGAAGAUAAAAUGAAGUGUCCUGAUGGGUAUGACAGUCCACAUCCUUUGCUUGUAUUGUCAAUCGAUGGUUUCAGAGAUAUUUAUCUUAAUCGGAAUUUGACACCAACACUAUCGAAAAUAGCAUCUUGCGGAGUGAAAACACCAUAUAUGAUUUCCGCAUAUCCGACAAAGACUUUCCCAAAUCAUUACACAUUGGCAACGGGUUUAUAUCCAGAAAGUCAUGGUAUUGUUUCAAACACAAUGUAUGAUUUCGAGAGUGGUGAAAAAUUUCGUCCGGGCAGAAAAUCAUCAUUCAGUCCGCACUGGUGGAAAGGAGAACCGAUCUGGGUUUCAGCCAGUAAUCAAGGAUUAAAAAGUGCGACUUACUUUUGGGUUGGAGGUGAAAUCAACAUUACAAGGUAUCCUGAUUAUUGGCUCAAAUAUGAUCAGAGUUCUACCCUAGAAAAAAGAGCUCAUAAAGUAUUGGAAUGGCUGGAUAUGCCAAAGGAAACGAGGCCCUCGGUGAUAAUGUUAUACAGUCACUAUGUGGACGCCGCUGGACAUGACGCUGGCCCAUUCAGCACACUUGUCAACGAGAGUUUAGUUUACACCGACUUAAUGUUAGAAAUGAUAAUGAACGGCUUACGUGAUAGAAAUCUGGACACAUGCGUAAAUUUCAUAAUAACUUCCGAUCAUGGAAUGGCACCUAUUGACUGUAAAAACAAACUAAUUUAUCUUGAAGACUACGGGUUGAAAGAAACUGAUUAUAGUUUUGAUACCGGUGCUGUCGUUCGGAUUCAAAAGAGUUUGAAUAAAUCGCUAUGGCCUAGGUAUAACCCAUUAGAACUGAAAAAGAAGUUGGAGUGCAUGCGGAAUGAAACACACUGGGAAGCUUAUUUGACGCAUGAAUAUCUGCCAAAAAAGUUCCAUUACGCAAAUAACGAAUAUAUCGGAGACGUUCAUUUGGUUGUGGACGACAAAUGGUGGAUUACAGAAACUCGUGAUGAUCCAGAUUGCGAACCAGGUGGUCACGGAUAUGACAAUGAUUUUACUGAUAUGAGGGCUUUUUUCGCUGCACAUGGACCUUCAUUCAAACGAGGAUACACCAAAAAAUUGCCCUUUGGAAACAUUGAAAUGUAUAAUUUAAUGGCAGAUCUUCUUGGUUUGAAUGCAGCUCCAAACAACGGUACAGAGGGUAGUCUUUAUGAUAUUCUAGUCAAUCCUAAGAAAUUGCUGACUGAAUCUUUCGGAUUGAAUCCAGAAAGUUGUGUAUAUCCAAAUAUUGACUCUUCUUCCACAAAUAUGAUUGGGUGCCAGCCAUGUCAGAUGGUGUCAACCGAACAAGCAAGUCAAAGAUUGAAUAUGAAUAAUGAACAAGCAAACGCAUACAUGGCGGAAAAUAUGCUUUAUGGAAGACCGAGGAUAUUCAAAGAACAAACUCAAUAUUGCAUUUUAUCACAAAGCAAUUAUAUAACAACAUACGACAACAAUUUGAAAAUGCCAAUCAUAUCUUCGUUUGUUUUAAACAACGAUACUGAGGAGUUUUCCAGCAUGAAUUUAAACUGUGCCCGCCGGGAUAUUCGAGUGAAUGAAAAUUCCAACAUAAAUUGUUCUGCUAGUACGGAUUUAACAUGGACGUUUCUUUUUUCUCCAAGAUUGGUUACAGAAAGCAAUCAGCAAGAUGUUACAAUAUCAUCUAACAUGAUUCCUGUUUACAAACCAUUUUCUGAAAUUUGGCAAUUCAUGGCGAAAAGUUUUGUGAACUGGGCUCAAAUGUAUAAUGGAAUUUCAGUCCAUGUUGGACCGAUCUUUGAUUACAACUACGACGGACACGCUGAUUCCUUCGAUGUGAUAAAACGGAACGGUAACUUUGUUGUAGAAGAUGACAUCAACUCAACUGCGAUUCCAACUCAUUACUUCAUCAUUGCUACUAGAUGUCGUGAUCAGAUGGGAUCAAAGUCAAUUCAAGAUUGUGCAAAAUCAAUGGAUGAAAUUGAAGUUUUGAAUUUUAUUAUUCCCAAUUUUAAAGAAGCACCAUGUCACACGGCCAACUCGCAGUUGAGUGAUUGGGUUCCCGAAGCAAUUUCAAAACACGUAGCUCGAAUGAAAGACAUAGAACUACUGUCCGAAAUUUCUUUCUUUACAUCAUGGUUGACAAAUGAAACGACUACUCAAGAAGAUAUGAUGAAAGUAAUACAAACAAAAUUGAUUUUACCAGAAACUUCACAGAGUUGGGUACAAGAUUUUAUUUUGAAGACAGAUAAUGAUGAAACUACCGAAUCUCCUGUUACUACAACCUCUUCUUCUGAAAUUGUUUCGAAGUCCAAUCUUGUUCUACUGUUUCUUUCGCUUCUUGUUUGGAUUUAUAAUUUAUAAAACAUAUCAACAAUUCAAUUUUUAUUCAGCAAAAUAAGAUACUAAAUAGAUACAAGUAACAGAAAACACAAUAGUGUGAAUAGAAGCACUUAAAUCAAUACAAAGUGAUACGUAAAUCAAAAAGGUCAUAUGAGGUUUUCAACCAUUAGAUUAUCUAAUUCCCAUUAGGAUUUUCUUUGAUUGACAAUGAAAGACAUACACAAGCAGCUUUACGUGUGGUACUACUAUGUUUUGAAUGCUGUUUAUUAUUUUUGUCAGAACUUCACAUUCUACAUUGUUAGUAAAAAUCUAAUUAGGAUACCUUUUUUCUAUUUAGCAAUGAUGACAAAAAAUUAUAGCUUUGUAUUGUUUUACUUGAACACGUAGACUAGCAUAUUAUUAGAAAUAUUGAAAGCGGUGAAUAAUUUGUACAAACACGUAACACAUGUUUUACAGCUCUGAUACUUUUUUUUUACAAAUUUGCACAAAGCAAAAUUAUCAAUAUUAUAAGCAACUCAUCAGGUAAUUUCAUGCAUUGUUGUUAUAUAAUAUUUCCUUCUUUGGUAUUUCCAUAUAGAAUUAUAUAUAUAUCAUAAUUAUAUAGCUUGCCACACUCUCUGUAAAAUGACUAGUUACGUCACUUUGCUCCCAGUAUAUUUUAAGUUCACAGUCACAUCUUGUAAAAAAUUAGCGACUCACUUGUUUUUAGUUACACACGGUUUGGUAAAAAAAAGGUAUGUGUUUAAUACUUCAUUUUUAUUGGGCAAAUGUUUUAACGAAGCAGCAAAAAUGGCAAGAAAAUGCAAAAAUAUUUUUUAGCUUAUAAAAAAAAAUAUAGUAAUAGUGUAUUACUAUUGAGAGGUAGUAAAAACUUCAAAAUCGAGAUAAGUUACCGUAUAUAUUUUUAUUUUUCAGAAUAAAGUACUUCAAAUCAUGUAGAUUUUCGAAAAUGUAUUUGAUCAUAUUAUAUAUAUAUGUUUAUAAUUAAAAUGAUGUGUAACUUAUA